AUUUCUAGCCAUUUCAUACUGAACCAAUCCACGUUUCUCUCUCACCACCGCUCCUUCUCUUUUCCGUGAAGGAAUUUGAGUUUUUGUUUUUUGUCUUGGUGUUUAUUUGCGUUCAGUCGGUGCGCGAACGCUUGAAUUUGUUGUGGUUGUAAUGGAAUCGUGUCUGUAGAGCUCGAUACGUGGAGAAGCGUGUUGGUGGAGAGUUUCUGAUUUUUGUUGUAUAUUUAGAGUUGUGAUUUUUGCCGGUGAUUUGUGCUUUUCCUUUGAGCGGUGAUGGCGCAGAGGACGGAGAAGGAAGAGACGGAGUUUAAGGUCGCGGCUGAGACCAUCACGAUGUGCGUCAAAUGCGGCGUUGCGGGGAAUUCGGUUGCUAAUAAUUUAUGUCAGAAGUGUUUCGGCGCUACGACCGCUGCCUCGACGUCUGCAGCUGCGUCCGCUACGUCGCCGGCGGGCGGAGGGAAACCUGUUAAUCAUGUGUUCUCGGAGAAACCUUUCAGAUCUAGCCCGUCGUCGAGGUCGUCGCCGGGGAGACUGUUCAAGCCGGAGGAAACGAAUGGAGAUCUGAAGCAAAAUGCUUCCACGGAGGCGGAGACGCCUCCUCCGGUGAGAAGAGAGGUCAAUCGAUGCUUCGGUUGUCGGAGGAAGGUAGGUUUGACCGGAUUCAGAUGCCGAUGUGGCGAGCUUUUCUGUGCGGAGCAUCGGUACACGGAUCGGCACGAGUGCAGCUACGAUUACAAAUCCGCAGGGCGAGAAGCCAUAGCGAGGGAGAAUCCAGUGGUCAAAGCCGCGAAAAUCAUCAAAAUUUGAAACAACUAGAAUUUAAGUCGAAAAUGAGAUGACGGUGGAAUUCAACGUGGGUUGAAGAAAUGAAGAUCAAUCGAUCGAUCAUUGCUGCUCAAAUCAAUGUAAGAUUGCUAUAUUUCUAUUCGCACGAAGACAACAAGGCUGAAAAAGGUGGGGGAAAUUCUUCCAUAUUUCGUCACGAAAACCUUCAUAUAUCACAAAAAUAAAAAAGAAUAUGUGAGAUAUACAUGCAUUCUCUUCCAUCUCCAGUUCUCCACCAUCUGCUAGAGUUUGGUUUCAAUAUGUAUGGCGAUGUUCUCUGCUUGUGUUGAAUAAUAUUUAUCAACAUUAACAAAGUUUA